ACCCGUCUUCAGCUCCUCAUUCCCGGUUUCAUUCUCCUGCGAUAGCCACUGCGGGAUCCGGAAAUCCUAAUUCUACCUCUGGUUCCUCGCCGCGCGGACGAGCCGUGGCGGAGCGGGAUCAGGGUCUCCAAAUCGCUCCCGAGGAAGCGGAGAAGGUUCUAUCCUCUAUGGGAACGGACCCGAUUGAGGAUUUUUGGAUCGACGGUGGCGAUUCCGAUGGCGAGCUGCAGUACGCCCUUGGUAGCUUCCGCGACAUGGUUCCGACUGCUGGAAUGGGGAAUGAAGAGACACAAAGGGAUUUCCGCAGUCUUGAGCAGAAUAGCUCUGGAAAAAGGGCAAGAAAUGAGCCACAUACAUCAAAGUCUAAAGCCUGUCGUGAAAAAGUACGACGGGAUAGGUUAAAUGAGAGGUUCCAUGAAUUGAGUUCAGUCCUUGAUCCCAAUAGACCUCCAAGAGCUGACAAAGCAAGUAUUUUAGGUGAUGCAACUCGGGUGUUGAUGCAGUUAAGAGCAGAAGCACAAGAACUUAAGGAAUCAAAUGAAAAGCUUCAUGAAGCAAUUAAGGAUCUGAAGGUGGAGAAGAAUGAGCUGAGGGAAGAAAAGAUGAGGCUGAAAGCUGACAAGGACAAAUUAGAGCAACAAAUCAAGGUCUUGAGUGUGCCUCCAGCAGGCUUCUUGCCACAUCCAAUGGCAUUCCAUCCUGCUGCUGCCCCUGCUGCAUUUGUUCCACAGAUUCAGGCCUCAACCGAUAAAACAGCCCCAUUUGCAGGGUUCCCUGGAAUGGCAAUGUGGCAGUGGUUGCCUCCUGCUGUCAUGGAUACCACACAAGACCCAAAGCUUUGGCCUCCAAAUGCAUAGCACUCCAUUUCUUGUUAAUCCCUUUUCUGAUGUGAAAAAGGCUUUGCUUCUUCAAUUGAAAUUGAACUUCUAAUAUUAAUGGAUGCUUCUAAUGUGAUCAUAAUCUGCUAGGUUGUAGAAGAUAGCCGAAUCUUAGCUUAUUUUUUGGAUUGGAUUUCCAAGGGUAUAUGGUUGCCAAGUUCCUUUUAUGUGUAACCCAGUGGAGAACAAUGUUUGUAGUUGAACGGACAAGCUUAUUGAUUAAUCUUAAUUCAAUCAUUCGGUAUGUUACUUUUGCU